CACCUCCCUCUGUCUCAUCUCUGGGUCAGUGGGCUCUCUAUCUCUGUUUCUCAUUCACUGUCUCUCACCCAUUCUCCUCUGUGUUUCAUUCCCAUCAAAGCUCUUUCCAUAUCCCCUCCCUCCCCUCUCUUUUCGCUAAGUAUUUCCCUGUGUACUUGUCUGUGGGUCUCUCCCUUGUCACCCACCCCCAUAUCCAGGUGGAAGUUUUCAACCAAAUCAAAGGCAGGCAGGCAGGGCAGACGAAGCCCAAGCCCCAGGCGGACUCCUUCAGCACACACAGGGAGGGAGGGAGCGCCCUAGGGAAGUCUGGAAAUCGUUACCCCAGAGGUAGGCAGGCCUGGCAGAGGGAGGAGGGGGCUGAGAGAGUUGGGACCCCUUCAGAAAGAGGGCUGUUUCUCAUGGAUUCCCUGAUGCAGUGGGUGGUCUCUGUUCUCCUCCCCCUCUGGGUUCUUGUCUCCCCCAACUCACAUCUCUAAAGUUCCCUAAAACUCUGAGUUUCUAUUUCCCCUUCCUCCCACUUGCCCUUCACAGCCCUUUCCUCUCUCUAGGUCUCCCCUCCCCCAAUUCUCUGAGUUUCCGGGCCCCUCCCUCAAAGUCCCAGUCCCUCUGUGCCUGGGUCUCUUUCUCACCCUAUCCAUCCAUCCACACACCUGCAGGCCUUCUAUUGGCUGGUUCGGGGGGAGGGGGGGUUCUGUUACCUGGGGCGACAGCAACAACAAGCCGGCUCCUGCGCGGCUACCAGGCAGGGGAGGGACCAUGGCGGGUCGGACCCUAGCUCUGCGCUAUGGCCCCCCAUGGCCCCCAAUCGCUGGGCCGGAGGCGCCUGGGUCCUGGCCCAAUUGGCAUCUCACCAGCACUAGUGUCGCCCACCACAUUAUCCCAUCUGUGCCCUUUCCCCCGCCCACCAUGCAGUCCACGGUGGCGGAGCCCCUGCCCGCGGCCGCAAAGCAGGAUUUGCACGUCUGGGAUUUUGACGAGGUCAUCAGCAGAUGGGAGACCACCUCUGGCUCAGCUUACAUACCUAAGACCCAGGGCGGCCCCUACGCACAGCCCAGGGCCCCAGAGCCUUCAGACCCCACACGGACUGUGGGGAUCAAGGAUUUAGCAGAAAAGCUCAGACACCUCGGCUGGCGCCUCCCGCUGAUCGCGAAGCACCAGUGCAGUGAGAUGAAAGCUCAGUACACCGGCUGGCCGGGCCUGGACCAGCCCGCCACCUUCCACGUCGGGCCCCAGUCCCUGGAAUUUGCAGACCACCUCCGCGGAGGCCCUUCCCAGGCUUUAAUCCCCUGGACAAAGAACCCCGAGCUGGCCGGCCGGCUUUUCACAGUAUCUGACCAGGGCAUCUUGGACCGUCGUCAGCUCUAUCUGACCACCUCGGCCAAGGACUUCCGGGCCUACCCGAAGAAGGAGUUGUCUGGAUAUCCCCGCAAGGACUCGCUGACCUACUGGAACUUCCAGAAGACGCCUCACGCCUGGGGCCAUGACCCGCGCCCUCCUCGGCCGCCAGGGAUCCGCGUGCCCCACGUCCGCCCGAUGACGAGAGCCGUGCCGCACCGCGGGUCGUGGUCUCUGGCUCAGGAGUCCUACAGACCCCCGGUGCACCCACUCCUCCGGCUCGACCGUUUCUGCCCGCUGGAACUGCCCUGGGGCGGCCCGCACUGGCAGCCGGUGCCGGGCAUCUACAGCGUGCCGCAAGCCUACCGCACUGAGAACUCCAGCUACGGCAGCAUGAAGCCAGCCGCGGUGAGCCCGCAGCGCCAGCCCCGCCCCGGACUCGCCCCCCAGGCGGGGCGGAGCCGAGGCCUGGAAACAUGCCCGUCACGUGGGAGCGAGGCGGCGGCCAGGCCCCGCCCACUGGGUCGUGAGCCCGGCGAAUCCCACGCUGGACCGUAGGGUUGACCGGAUUGGGGGCUGGGGGGUAGGUGGGCGCUGAGCUGAAAACGUACCUUGGGGCUGUCGGUUCGCGGGAGGGACAGGCCCUCCGCGACAGAGGGGGCGGAGCUUAUCUUAUUAGUCAACUGCGUUAAAUGGCCUAAACCACGCCCAUGGAUGGUUUGCUCUGGGGGCCUGAGGGUGGGGGAGAUGGGGCUGCCGCUGAAUUCCAUGCGGGAGGAAGGCACGCCUGCGUGCAGGUGGAACCCCGUCUCAGGGCACAGAAUCCAAUCUCGAAGUCAUGCCCUCCCAAAGAGAGUAAACUAUGGGACAGGAAUGGCUUCCAGUCUAUGGCAGGUGGAGGGGAGGGGGAUUGAGGUCUCCGCCAGUCACCUUGGAAGGGGCGCGCUCCAUCCAGCCAUGCAGACUCCCACCAUGAUGGGCAGAGGCGAGGCUAUACCACCUUGGGCAAGGUC